AUGACGGAACAUAUCGACAACGAUCGACUUAAUAAUGAUCUUCGUUAUCGUUUUGAAUAUUUAUCAAAAUAUCUAAAUUUUACAUUGGAUGAUAUUUCUCUUCUUAAUGCAUUUGCACCUAUACUUUUCCCACGUAUUCCUGUUAUUGCCGAUACUGUUUAUCGAAAAUUAUUUUCAUUUGAUAUAACAAAACAUUAUUUUUUAAUUAAUAAUGAAGGCUUUGAAGGUUUUACAUUAAAAAAGACACAUGGUGUUACAUUAGAAUCAGAACAAAUGACAUAUCGUAAAGAUAUAUUAACUAUUUAUUUCAAACGUAUUUUUACACAACGUGAGUGGAACGAUACUUUUCUACAAUAUCUAUCUCAUAUUGGAAGAAUGCAUACGAAUAAAGCUGGUGCAUCAUCAAUCAACGUUGAAUAUAUGCAUAUAAAUGCAUUACUUGGUUUCUUAGAGCAUUUACUUGUUGAUGUAUUAUGGAGUGCAGAAAAUCUUGAUGACAAAACUCGGCAAGCAACUAUAAUGGCGAUUAAUAAAUUUUUUUGGAUACAAAAUGAUUUUUUUACCAUGCAUUAUACAAAAACAGACAAAGACAGUUCAACAUCAAAUGAAACACCAACAAAAAAAAACAAAUUUUGUUGUAUAUAA